AUGGGCCUGCUGGACCAUGUCAGUGGCGCCGUCUCGGGCGCCAAGUCGCACGUCAAGCCUUCCAAGGACGACCGCCCUCCCGAGGGCGCCUCUGCCGACGACACCGAGGAGCUCGACGAAGAAUCCGGGAACAUCCUCAUGUCGCUCAUCGGUCAGUUGCGCAUAGGCAUGGAUCUCUCCAAGGUCACGCUCCCCACGUUUGUGCUCGAGCCGCGAUCCAUGCUCGAGCGCAUCACUGAUUUCAUGUCACAUCCCGACCUCAUCUUUGGUGCGGGUAAGAUCGAAUCGCCCGAGCAGCGUUUCCUUCAGGUGACACGAUACUACCUCUCGGGAUGGCACAUCAAGCCCAAGGGUGUCAAGAAGCCGUACAACCCCAUCUUGGGCGAAUUUUUCCGCUGCAGCUACAAGUACAACGAUGGCACUACGGGCUACUACAUUGCGGAGCAGGUUUCGCACCACCCACCCAUCAGCGCCUACUACUAUGUAUCGCCGGAAAAUAACUUGCUGAUCUACGGCGAGCUCAAGCCCAAGUCCAAGUUCCUGGGCAACUCGGCGGCUACCAUCAUGGGUGGCGAGAACCGCGUGGUGCUGCUCGACCGCCAAGACGACGGCGAGUAUCAGAUCUCGAUGCCCAACAUGUACGCGCGAGGCAUUCUGUUUGGUCGCAUGGUGCUCGAGCUCGGCGACACGAGCAAGAUUCGCAACGAGCACAACGACUUGAGCUGCGACGUCGAGUUCAAGACCAAGGGCUACUUCACGGGCACCUACAAUGCGAUCGGCGGCAAGGUGACCAAGUCGGGCAAGACAGUAGGCGAGAUCACGGGCAAGUGGAGCGACGCUAUGGACUACAAGGAGUCGAGCUCGGGCAAGCACGAGGAGCUGUUCAACGCGCUCACGGCAACCAUGGUGCAGAAGGAGGUGAUCCCAGAGGAUCAGCAGGAGGAGAAUGAGUCGCGCAGAUUGUGGAGCAAAGUCACUGAGGGCAUCAAGGAGAAGAACCUCGACAAGGCGACCGAGAGCAAGUCGGCGAUUGAGGAGAAGCAGCGUGCGCUCGCAAAGGAGAGGGAGGAGAGCGGGGCCGCCUGGGAACCGCGCUUCUUUGUGCAGAAGGGGGAGAAAUAUUACCCCAAGAUCGACGCACUGCCUUCGGACGACUAUCGCCCACAGGUGGUUGUAGAAUACUUCGCCAAGUCGUCCUAA